AUGGCCGAAUUCAAGAGCACGAAUUUCUCGACCUCUUACCUACUCGGCGCCGCCGUCGUCCUGCUCCUGGGCUACAGGAUCGUACAAAGAUUUUCCAUCAAUGCGCGAAUCCGCAAGCUCGGCGCUCGAGCGCCAGUUCGAAAGACGUAUUUCCCAUAUGGCCUCGACAUGGCGUAUGAAGUCAUUACCUUUGCGCUGAAAGAUGAGACAUACGCAAUGUGGGUUGGCAUGUUCCAGAAAUGGUGUGGACCAGGGCGAUACACAAUCGAGGCUGGCAUCGGCGAGCGCGUGCUUCUGACCGCAGACCCAGAGAACAUCAAGGCGAUUCUUGCGACGCAAUUCAAGGACUAUGGCAAGGGAGAGCAGUUUAGGAAAGACUGGCAUACCUUCUUGGGUAACGGUAUUUUCACCACCGAUGGACAACUAUGGCACAACUCACGCCAGCUCAUUCGACCGCAAUUUGUCAAGGAUCGCCUAAGCGAUAUUGACAUCUUCGAACAACAUACCCAAAUCCUCAUCUCUAAAAUCGCUGAGAGUGGAGAGAUUGAUACUCUUGACAUGAUGUUCAGGUAUACAUUGGAUGCAGCUACGCACUUCCUACUUGGCCAGAGUGUAGGAAGUCUGGAUGAACCGAAAACAGUCUUCGCAGAUGCAUUCUAUAACGCUCAGCGUGUACAGAGCUUCGUAGCUAAAGUUGGACCUCUAAACUGGCUUAUCCCGCGAAAGCGCAUGGGAUUCUACGACUCCAUCAAGAUUAUCAACGAUUUCGUAUCCACUUUCAUCGACACAGCCCUCGCACUGUCCCCAGAAGAGCUUGAAAAGAAGACAAACCAUGAUGAAGGCUACACGUUUCUCCACGCCAUCGCAGGCUACACGCGCGACCGAGACAUGCUGCGCGACCAACUUGUCUCUGUUCUCCUAGCAGGCCGCGACACAACAGCCUGCACACUGACAUGGGUAAUCUACCACCUAUCCAUAGACCCGACCAUAACCGCCAAACUGCGUCAAGAAAUCCUCCAAACAGUCGGCCCCGACCGCCAGCCAACCUAUGAGGACUUGAAAAACAUGAAAUAUCUCCAACACAUUUUGAACGAAACCCUUCGUCUGUACCCCGUCGUCCCAUACAACGUACGCAUGGCCCUCAAAGACACGACGCUCCCCACCGGCGGCGGUCCAGACGGCACGCAACCCAUUGGUGUCCUCGCCGGUACACCGAUCGGUUACUCGACCCUCGUUAUGCAACGCCGCGCAGAUUUGUAUCCACCUACUUCCAGAUCUUUCCCUCCUCCCGAUGCUUUCGCGCCCGAUCGAUGGGAUUCAUGGACCCCCAAGAGCUGGACUUAUGUCCCAUUCAACGGGGGACCUAGAAUCUGUAUUGGUCAGCAGUUUGCGCUUACGGAGAUGGGCUAUACGCUCGUGAGACUGUUCCAGCGAUUCGAGUCAGUGGAGAACAGGAUGGGCGGUACGGAACCGGGGAUGCAUGCUGAUAUUGUGCUGCAACCUGCAAAGGAGGUUAGGGUUGCUUUUAAGUAA